AGUAAUGGCGCAGCCAAGCCAAGCUGGUUGUCACCUUGUCUGUUACUGCUGAGUGCAGCUGUUUGUGCAAUCCUCUUGGCUCUCUCUCCCCGUGCCUAUUCACAGUGUUGGUUGGUUGGCAGGCGGGCGGGCGGGCAGGCAGCGCAGCCGAUGCCAACACAGCUUCCUAUUGAGAGGCAGCGUUAUGGACACAAUGUGAGCGGCAGACUUGCUGCAUCAACAGCUCCCCCUUUUCUGCUGUUGUGGCCAGAAAUAAACCAUAAAUACCCCCCUGCCCGUGCCUUCCAAUGGCUCAACCGCACCAAGCACCAAGUGGCUUUGAAAAGAGGGACGGCGCCACUUCUUGCAGGCAGACGCAGGCUAGGCGUGAUCCAUGACUUCUGUUUUAAAACACAGCUCAACAUAUAUAGGCUUGACAGUCAUUUUUGAAAGGAGCGAUUGGAAGAAUGUCAGAACCGCAGAGUGCCCCAGAGCAGCUGGCUGCAGGGAAGAGCCAGGGUGGAGCUGGAGCCACUUACAAGGUGGUGCUGUUUGAAUUUGAGAACUUCCAGGGAAGCAAGGCUGAGUUCUCAGCGGAGUGUAAAGAUGUACUAGAGAAGGGCCUCCAGAAGGUUGGCUCGGUGAUCGUUGAAUCCGGGCCAUGGGUUGGUUAUGAUCGGCACGGUUUCACGGGGGAACAGUUUAUUCUGGAGAAAGGCCAGUACCCUCGCUGGGACACGUGGACCAACAGUCAGAACAGCUACUCCCUCUUGUCUCUAAGGCCACUUAAAGUGGAUAGUGCUGACCACAAGCUACACUUGUUUGAGAACCCUGGAUUUACCGGCAGAAAGAUGGAGAUUAUUGACGAUGACGUCCCCAGUUUGUGGGGCCACGGUUUUCAGGAUCGCGUAGCAAGUGUCAAAGCUCUCAACGGAACAUGGGUCGGCUACAUGUACCCAGGCUACAGGGGACGCCAGUUCAUCUUUGAACUGGGAGAUUUCAAGCACUGGAAUGACUGGGAGGCCCCUCUGCCCCAGAUCCAGUCUGUCCGACGGGUGCGGGACAUGCAGUGGCACAAGAGGGGCUGCUUCUCUGCUCGGGACCCGGCUCCAGCUCCUGCUCCUGCUCCUGCCCCUGCUCCUGCUCCUGCUCCAGCUCCCGCUACGGACCCAGAUCCUGCUCCGGCACCACCUGUCCCUUCUACCAAAGGUUGGGCCAGCUGAGCGGGAUCCCAACCUGCAUUUCCACCUCCCGAAGCCUCUCCCAAGCUCAACACCGAGCCUGCCUUCACUAACCUUGCCGAAUGCUGCUUGUCUCCACAGAGGAGUGCCAUAAAUGUUUCUGUGGCCAAUAAAGGUUGUUUGACUUGGAAUUGCUUGUUGUCAAUAAUGCUCUUGUAAUUUGCAUAAAUGUACUGUAGGUGACAUGUUAAACAUUGUAGAAAGUAACUAGAAGGGAAACAGCUUACUGUAUGUGAAAUAAUUCCAGUCUUCCACUUUUUCGUAGCAUGAAGAGGUCACAAUGUGUUCUGUUAAUGUGUAAUUAGCAUCUCGUCAACAGCAUGGAAACGAUAUCAAACUGUAAGCUUUCUAUUAAAACGUAGUGCACCACAU